AUGGUUCGUCUAGUUUUCACUCGUGGUAUUAAUCCAGACGGUCGAUGUCCGACUCCUCCGAAGCGGGUAAAGCAUGAUGUGAACUCUAUCAUAUUACAGACGUUUAACAACAUGGUUUCAGAGGUCUCUGGUAUCCGACCGUACUGGUUUAUAGUCUUUGAACUCGCUUAUCUCGCAUUAUUCGUCAUAGCAUCUGUGCUAAUACAUUUGCUUGGUUUGCUUAAGACCGAUGAAGAUGUUGUUACGAUACAUCAUAAAAUCCAUAAAGAAGUUAUUGCUCAGCAAGAGCGAAGAUUCAUAUUACAAAAGAAGGUUAGUCUUUGAAU